AUGAAACACGUCAGUCGAAGCUACCAGAAAACUGCAGAAAACAAUCGAAGAUUGCAGAUAACCGGCUUGAAACCGCAAUCCUCCACUGCGUCGUGUCAUACAACCGUAAAGCCUGGAGUCAAGUUUCGGCUAUUUUGCAGGUCGUGCGGCGUCCGGACACCGUUUAAAGUGUCCUCGGACACGCUGAAAACAUUUUGGAAGCCAUACAGAAAACAGUGCCAGCCGAGAAACAAGCGCAACCUGAGAAAGCCAAACGCGACAGCCGAGGACUCCGCCUCGGUCUGGGUCACCGUUAUAGAUACACCGGCGCACGAUCAACCUAAUCGACCUUCUAUCGUUCCUAAACAAUUGGAGAACAACGAUCAGGUGUCCGUCGAAACGAAGGAAGAGCACGUAGUAACGCAGAAUUCUGUAAAAUAUUCCAGCUGCGAAAGUAGCAUCGAACCUCAGACAAUCGCUAUUGUACACCGCAAGGAGAAGAAAAGGAAACAUGAUCAAAUCUCAGACGAUGAUUUGGAACAUUCUUUUGAUGAUGGAAUGGACGCUAAAGAUUUGUGCGAAAUUAUUGUCAAAGCGUCGCAUAAAGAGAGAACAUUCCAGUGUGCUGAGUGUAGCAAAUGUUUCAAAUUGAAAGAUUCAUAUCAACGACACUUGAGAAUCCACAAAGAUGAACGACCGUUCACUUGUCACGUAUGUGGCAAACAGUUCCGUGACUCCGGCGGAUUAACCAGGCACGUUAAAGAUGUGCACGCGAAAUUGAAGAAUUUCACAUGCGACCUAUGCGACAGAUCGUUCGCAUCCAAAGCGACACGGGAAGAUCACCGGCGCACACACACUGGCGAACGGCCAUAUAUUUGCGAUUCGUGCGGGAAGACUUUCAAAUCUAAGGCAUCCUUAUACAUCCACAGCAAGCUACAUACCGACGUGUUCCCGCACGCAUGUUCGUACUGUAAUAAACGAUUCCGUCGGCGACAGGAGGUAUUGGCCCAUGUAACCACGCACACUGGCGAAAAGAAUUACGAGUGCAAUAUAUGCGAAAGGAAAUUUCGGAUCAAGUCCGAGCUCACACGGCAUAAGCUUAUUCACUCUGAGGAGAAACCGUUCUCGUGUGCCAAAUGCGGUCUCUGCUUUCGUCAGAAGCGUUAUCUAAACAAUCAUAUUAAAAGUCGACACAACGAAUCUCUACGAACGUUCUAACGAUAAGAAGCAUAAUUAACUGAAAUUUACGCAAGAAUAUGCAACGUUGCCUUCUUCUUGUAUUUCUCUCCAUUUUUCAUAUAGAUAUGAUCUUUCGUCAUC